GGCCACUUUAGUUCAAUCACCAGAUUUCAUCUCCUUUAUACUCCUUUCCUGACAUCUAAACCUCAUAUCAACCACAUAACCUAAAUCACCGCCAUCAUGCCUCCAGCAAGCUACUCGCGCCCGCCACAGCACGACUCGUGGUUCGCGCCGCUAUCUGUCGACCUAAUCCUCAAGGUCCUCAACGUCACCAUCUUCCACCCCUUCAUCUGCUGGCUGAUCCCGCUGUGCCUGCGCGCCCAGACGACCAAAUGGGAGGCGCCGCCCAUGGUGGGCGCCAUUGCCUGGGCCAUCUUCAUCUCGGUCAUGUGGAUCGCGAGCGCGGUCAACCAGCGCAUUGCUAACGGCGCGCCGCGCGAGGUGGACCUGGGCGAGGAGGUGAUUGUGGUGACGGGCGGCGCGAGCGGGCUGGGCAUGCUGGUUGCCGAGGUGUACGGCAUGAGGGGCGCGAGCGUGGCCGUGCUGGAUGUGAAUGAGAUGGAGAAUGGCGAGGCGAGGGGCGUGACGUUUUACAAGUGCGAUGUGAGCGAUAAGGAGCAGGUGGCCAAGGUUGCCGUUGAGAUUGAGAAGGAUCUCGGUACGCCUACUGUGCUCAUCAACAACGCUGCUAUUGUCGUGGGCAAGCCGCUGCUGGACCUCUCCAUCGAUGAGAUCGAGACCAGCAUCGGCACCAACCUCCUGGGUCCCUUCUACUGCCUCAAGACGUUCCUCCCAGCAAUCAUCCGCGGCGGCCGCGGCGGCACAAUCGUCAACGUGUCCUCCGUCAUCGGCCACCUGGGCGCCGCGCAACUGACCGACUACGCUGCCGCAAAGGCCGGCCUCACGGCACUUCACAAGUCUCUUGCGGCAGAGCUGCGCGAGUCGCACCCGGACAUCCGCACCGUGCUCGUCACGCCGGGCCAGCUCAGCACGCCGCUCUUCUACGGCGUGCAGACGCCAAACAGCUUCUUCGCGCCCGUGGUCGAGCCCGUGGACGUGACGAAGGAGAUUGUGGCGGCGAUUGAUGGCGGAAAGGGCGUUACUGCUGCGAUGCCGUUUUACGCGCGGUGGGUGGAUUGGUAUAAUGUUUUGCCGGUGGGGGUGCAGCUCGUUGCGAGGAAGCUUGCUGGUGUGGAUAGGGGGAUGAAGACGUUUAUUGGGAGGACGGGGUCUGCGGAGGAGUCGAAGAAGAUGAGGUAGAUGAAGGGGAGAAGAGAGGAAACCAAGAAGGAGAGGGCGCUGGCGUGUUCUCUUUCUUUGUGGUUUGGUUGUUUUAUAGAAGUGGGAGAAAAAAGGAGAAAGAGUUGUUGAUGAUUUGAUGCAUAUUAGAGCUACAAUAAUGAAGCCUCAUGGGGCCCUAGCAUGGUAGACUAGACUGGCUGGCAUUUUACAAGAACAAUAUUUCU